AUGGUAAGGGCAAGAGGUAAACAACGGCGCCAAUUGCAUUAUUGUCGACGGACUGGUUUACUUUUAAAUAUCACCCCUGAAACAAAUCCAAAGACCGAUUACUUAAACGAGAAUUUCGCCAACAAAACUAAGACGCAAGGACUUAUCCACGCAUGGAAGGAUGGAAAGGAUGGAAAGGAAGAUGAUCUUUCCAAGAGCAAAAGGGCCAGCUGA